AUGUAUCUAAGUGGCUAUUUAUUUAUUGAUCCACUCAUCUAUCUAUCUAUCUAUCUAUCUAUCUAUCUAUCUAUCUAUCUAUCUAUCUAUCUAAACAUCUUUCCUCUCUUUUUUUUUUCUCACUUUUUCAUCUUUUGUUUUUCUGUCAUUUUUUUCACUUCUUUUUUUCUUCUUUUCCUUCAUUUCUUAUUCCUCUUGUUACUUUCUUGCUUCCUUUUUUCAUCUCUCCAAAUUACUUUCUUUUUUAUAUCCUCCUUCUUCACACUUAAUUUAAUGCUUCAUGGACUUUUCCUUUAUUUCAUACUCUCUCAUUCAUUUCUUUUUAUCUUUUUUUCUUUUCCAUCUUACACUAUUUUCCCAUUCUCUCUAUUUCUUCUACCUAACAUUGUUUUUUUCUUUCUUUUCCUCCCUUUUUCUCACUUGUUUUCAGUCUUCUUUACAACUUUUCUCUAUUCUUUUAUUAAUUUUCCUCCUUUCUUUUAUCUCUCAUUUUUCUUGCCACUAUUUGUUUGUUUUCCUUCAUAUUUGGCUUUUCUGGCUUUUUUUUUUUCCUCUUCUUGUUUCAAAAUCAUAAUGGCAAAACCGACAUUUAUGGAACUGGAGAGUAUUUUUUUUGUCCAUUUUGGAUAA